CCUCCAGAAAGGACUACCAUUCCCGUCGUGCACUGCGCUCAACUCGGGCCGCCCCAAUCUAUUUUCGCAGAUGCCUGGGGAUAGUAGUUUCGGCCGCGUGGAUGUGGAUCUGAACCGGGUGGCGGGGAACUCACCUUCCCAGCGACCCGUUUGACAGGGCGGGGCGCCUCACGAAGAUGGUGGCGCGCGCGGCGUGUGGCUCCUGUCGUGUUCCCCAGUCUCAACUCGGUGCACCGGCCAGCGUUUCGCUGGUUUGGAGUCCCCGCCCUCCAGGUCCCUGACCCCGCGCCCCCUUACUGUGUCCCUGACUCCUGGUUCCAGGAAUGCCUCGUGCUCGUAAGGGCAAUGCGCUCCGCAAGGGUGGUCAGCGCCGUGGAGGUGGUGCCAGGAGCAGUACCCAAGCCGACUCAGGUUCCAGCGAGGAUGAAGCAGCCAGUGAGGCCCGGAGUACCACCAGUGAAUGUCCCAGCCUGCUCAGUACCACUGCAGAGGACUGCCUGGGUGGGGAGGCUGUGGAUGAACAGAGCCAGCAGGACAACCUGGAGGAGAAGCUGAAGGACUCCGUGGACUGCCUCACUGACAAGAGUGCCAAGACCCGGCAAGGAGCUCUGGAGAGCCUACGCCUGGCCCUGGCCUCCCACCUGCUUCCUGACUUCUUACUGGAGCGCAGCCUCACGCUGGCGGAUGCCCUGGAAAAGUGCCUUAAAAAAGGGAAGGGUGAAGAACAGGCCCUGGCUGCUGCGGUGCUAGGCCUGCUCUGUGUGCAGCUGGGCCCUGGACCCAAGGGUGAGGAGCUGUUCCAUAGCCUGCGGCCGCUGCUAAUCUCGGUGCUCAGUGACUGUACUGCAAGCCCCGCUGCCCGACUCCAUUGCGCUUCUGCUCUUGGCUUGGGCUGUUAUGUGGCUGCCACUGAUGUCCAGGACCUGGUCUCUUGCUUGGCUUGCUUGGAAGGUAUUUUCAGCUGGUCCUGUGGCCCUAGUGGCUCCCCUGCUGCUCUGGUCCCUGCCAGCCUACAUGGCCUGCUCUGUGCUGCCCUGCAGGCCUGGGCAUUGCUGCUCACCAUCUGUCCUAGUACCCACAUCAACCACAUCCUCGACAGGCAGCUGCCCCGGCUGCCACAGCUCUUGUCCAGCGAGAGCGUGAACCUGCGGAUUGCUGCUGGCGAAGCCAUCGCUCUACUCUUUGAGCUUGCCCGGGACCUUGAGGUGCGAGGGAAGUACCUUCUGGCACCACACACACAUGCGCGCACACGCACACACAAAUCUUCAGUCUUGGAUCAUCUUGUAGGGGAGGAGGACUUUGUUUAUGAGGACAUGGAGGCGCUCUGUGGUUCCCUGCGUACUCUAGCCACUGACAGCAAUAAAUACCGUGCCAAGAUUGACCGCCGACGCCAGCGCUCCAUUUUCCGAGCCAUACUGCACUUCGUUGAGGGUGGUGACUGUGAGGAGGAGACAAUCCGCUUUGGACUGGAAGUACUCUGCAUAGACUCCUGGGCUCGCCACCGCAUCUACACAGCCUUCAAGGAUGUGCUGGGCUCGGGCAUGCACUAUCACCUCCAGUUAAUUGCCUUGUCUUCAGAACAACGAGCUUCUCCGGGACAUCUUUGGCCUCGGCCCUGUGCUGGUGCUGGAUGCCGCUGCCCUGAAGGCCUGCAAGAUUUCACGUUUUGAAAAGCACCUGUACAAUGCUGCAGCCUUCAAAGCCCGGACCAAGGCCCGGAGUCGUGCCAGGGACAAGCGGGCAGACGUCUUGUGAAGCAGACUGGCCAAUGAGAAGGCUACCCAUACCCUUACCAUAUUUUUAACAGAAGACAGAGCAAGAACUGGUCCCCACCAGUGAUUGUCACUUUAUUAUUAUUUUUUUAAUGAUGAAACCAAAAAUAGACAAAUGUGGGAGGGCCAAGGGAUCAGGACACUUAAGACUCUGGCCCUCUGUAUCUGCACUCAGCCCUGUGGCUAUGGCCUCAUCCUGUCCUGUCUCAGGUGAAACCAAAUGUGCACCAUUCGCAGAGCUGAGGGGCAGGUGAGAAAGGACUGACCCUUUCCUUUUUUAGACUUUGCCCCCUGGGGCCACUUCCUUUGGGGGUCUGGCACCUGUCCACAAUGGCAUACGGUAGGCAAAGCUACCUAGCAUGAAUGUGUGUGCUGAUUUUUAAAAAUGACAGAGUAUUAAACAAUACUUGUUCCCCCUGUGA